AUGAUCUUCUCUUUAAACGAACUAGUUCACUGGUUAGGUUUAACAAUCUUUGAGAUAUGGAUCAAUUUAAUCGCCUUAAUGUUCUUCACUGUAUUGCUAGCUUUGAAAUUAGAUGAAAAUUGCUUCUUGGGACCGUCAGGAUGGUGGGAAGUAUUUUCGCCGCUCUUUAUAGCCGAUGGUUUAAAUACAUAUUUUUGCGCUAUAAUUUUUAUAAGAAUGUAUAUGGAAGGAAUGAUUAGAGCAGGCAUCUUGCGAGCACUAUGGAGUCAAAUAUCAUUAUUAUUAAUCUUUGUGUUUAAGUAUCUUCUGUGUAAAAAACUCUCUGGACAAAGCACAUUGGAGUAUUCUGAAGUUUUGAGUCCUGUAUUCAUUCUUCUGCAAUUGAUUGCUGUUAGAGCUUGUCAAUUACAUUAGGAAAAGCAGAAGAACCUUUCUGUAUACUACUUCCAGAGUCAUCAUCUGU